UUGUGCUCUGAAUGCAAAGCUACCUCAAGUCCAAUAUGGCGGCGAAGUGAUGAAGGUCAUAUUCUCUGCUUAGAUUGUCAUACAGUGUCAAAAAACGGUAUUGUCUAUGAAGUUGGUGAUGUUGUUUCGUUAUUGGAUUAUUCUGGAGGGAUCUAUUAUGCUAUUAUUCGUGGUUUCUUAGUGGAUCAAUAUGCUGAUAAAUAUGCUAUGUUAAAGUGGCUUUUACCACGUUCAGGCUAAUCCAUCUUAUUUGAUCCAGCUGAUUUUAUUUUUGGUCCUGAUGAGGACGAGCCAAGGAAAUUGGAGAUACUAGAUUUUGUUUGUCAUUCUCCAAAUUCUAAAAGUUUUUUGCAACUCUUUCCAACAUCAAUACGAUACAGCAUCAUUAUGGGUAACACAGCGUUAAUACAAAUUCACUAA